CAUGUCCAUCACCCACUUUUCUAGUCAUCAUCACAGUCAUGAGGUAGGUGUGAAUAUCAUCCUGAAGGCUGCGAAAUGAAUCUGUGCUGUCUGUCCAAACCGCAGGUGCAUCAAGAUGCAGGUGUGGUUUAAAGAACCGACUUUAAGGUUUUAGUGAAUUUCAUCAACACGUUUACGGGUCGUUCAACGCAUCGAUAUCCACAUCUCGUGUUCCUCUAUGCUUGUUUCGCUCAUUCGCACAGAGGUCCUUUGUCAAUGCGUCUUUCAAUUUCUGUAGCUUUUCCCCAGAGGAGUUAUUUUGCUGGAGGAUCGCGCAUUGAAAUUGUUUGGAUCUUUCCUUGUUUGGAGAUGACAGGUCAUUUUAAGGCAAGCGGGAAACCAGAGUGAGUCGCCAUGGCGGCAGGAGUGGCUGCAUGGCUUCCCUUCGCCCGGGCAGCAGCUAUUGGCUGGAUGCCUGUGGCCAACUGCCCCAUGCCUAUCGCUCCUAGAGACCACACAAAGAGACAUGAUGAGCUGAUCAUCCUGAACGUGAGUGGACGACGCUUCCAGACCUGGAGGACCACACUGGACCGCUACCCAGACACCCUGCUGGGCAGCUCAGAGAAACAGUUUUUUUACGAUGAGGAGACCAAAGAGUAUUUUUUCGACCGGGACCCAGACUCCUUCCGUAGCAUUCUCAACUUCUAUCGGACGGGCAAGUUGCACUAUCCACGCUAUGAGUGCAUCUCGGCCUACGACGAAGAGUUAACCUUCUUCGGCAUCAUCCCGGAGAUCAUCGGUGACUGCUGCUACGAAGAGUACAAGGAUCGGAAGCGGGAGAAUGCUGAACGUCUCCAGGACGACCAGGAUGACAACAAGGACUGCAAGCUGCCCAACAUGACAUACAGAGAGACCAUGUGGAGGGCCUUUGAGAACCCUCACACCUCCACCAUGGCCCUGGUGUUCUACUACGUCACCGGCUUCUUCAUUGCCAUCUCAGUCCUCACCAACGUGAUAGAGACCGUUCCGUGCGGUGCCACGCCUUCCCAGAAGGACAUGCCAUGUGGUGAGCGCUACACCGUAGCCUUCUUCUGCAUGGACACGGCCUGCGUCCUCAUCUUCACCAUAGAGUACCUCAUGAGACUGUUUGCCGCACCCAGCCGCUACCAAUUCAUGCGCAGCGUGAUGAGCGUCAUCGACGUGGUGGCCAUUUUUCCCUACUACAUCGGCCUGGUGAUGACAGACAACGAGGAUGUGAGCGGAGCCUUCGUCACGCUCCGUGUGUUCCGUGUGUUCCGCAUCUUCAAGUUCUCCCGCCACUCGCAGGGCCUCAGGAUCCUGGGGUACACGCUGAAGAGCUGCGCCUCGGAGCUGGGCUUCCUCCUCUUCUCCCUCACAAUGGCCAUCAUCAUCUUCGCCACCGUCAUGUUUUACGCAGAGAAGGGGUCGUCGUCGACCAAGUUCACCAGCAUCCCAGCCUCCUUCUGGUACACCAUUGUCACAAUGACCACGUUGGGUUACGGGGACAUGGUGCCCAAGACGAUCGCAGGGAAGAUCUUUGGUUCUAUCUGUUCUCUGAGCGGGGUGCUGGUAAUCGCCCUACCUGUUCCCGUCAUCGUGUCCAACUUUAGCCGCAUCUAUCACCAGAACCAGAGAGCUGACAAACGGCGUGCUCAGAAGGUACAGAAAGCCAGACUGGCCAGGAUAAGAAUAGCCCAGGCGGGCAGCUCCUGCACGGGCUUCCUCCAGAGCAAACGCAAUGACCUCCUCAACGACCUGCUGGAGCUCACGGGCUCAGAGGAGGAGGAACUGCUGCUCAGCAAGAGCAUGUCAUUAUUAGAGAGUCAACACCACCAUCUAUUGCACUGUCUGGAGAAGACCACUGCCCAUGAGUUUAUGGAUGAGCAGCUGUAUGAACAGAAUUGUCUGGAGACCACGGUCCAGAGCUACACCUCCCGUAGCCCCUCCCUCUCCAGCCAAGACAGGCCUAUAGGCACCUGCUGUACCCGCCGGGUGAAGAGGAGCUCCCCCCUGCCCAACUCCAGCAUGCCCCUCCAGCCCAGCCAUCAGCAUGGGCCGCUACAGGAGCUCAGCGACCUCCACAUCCAGUGUGGGGACAAGCUGCCCCGCAUCACCAGUCGCUCUAGUCUCAACAUGAAGACAGACGAGGAGGGUCUGUUCAACUGCAAGGGCGGUCAGAUCACCACGGCGAUCAUCAGCAUCCCCACGCCCCACUCUGCCACCCCGGACGGGGACGGUCUUCACGGACCCCCCCAGCGCAGACCCCCCCCUCCCCCCACCGGCCCAGAGGCCGCCAGUAUUAACACCACAGCCAGCUCCAAUGUCUUCAAAGUGUCCGCUCUGUGACUGUGUGACUGACCCACUCGACAGACUGACUGAGCAGGAGGAGAGGUGAAGAGAGGCUUUCACUAGAACUCUACCUUGAAGGACCCCUGUCGCCCGUUUCAAAGAUAGAAAAAUGGGAGAGAACUCCCCGUGUACCAAGGAGUAUACAGCCUUUUAGGCAGCAAGGGGAUAGGCUAUACUGAGUGAAAUGCUGCAAGGCAGCUGAUGGUACAGUAGGCUACGAUGUGCGCAUUUUUGUAAAACGGGCCUGUAUGUGUGCAUUUUGGGAUUAUGACACGACAAAGGAAGUCACUGUGUCUUUGUGCACUUCGCACCUACAUCUUAUUGUUUUGAUCUGCCUACAGCUAAACCCUGAAUGUCUGAAAGAUGAGGAUGAAGACACCUAUCAAUGUUUUAACUUUAGGUUGUUACGUCUUCUUUAUGUUUUGAGUUGUCUUAUCUAUUUUCUGUGUGUGUGUGUGUGUGUGUGUGUGUGUGUGUGUGUGUGUGUGUGUGUGUGUGUGUGUGUGUGUGUGUGUGUGUGUGUGUGUGUGUGUGUGUGUGUGUGUGUGUGAGAGAGAUACUUUUAUGAAAUGUUCAUAUUUUAGUGGGUUAUAACCUUACAUUUCCAUCUGUCCACAAUGUCUUUAAAAUCUAAACAACAUAAAUGCCUACUAGUACUCUGACAAAUGUUCCAUCAGACACGCUACAGUAUUGCUGCUUUCCCAAAUCUGUCUCUCUGUCUCUCUCUUUCUCUCCCUUGCUCUCACUCUCUCUCAUUUUCAAUGUAAGGGGCGUUAUUGGCAUGGGAAACAUAUGUUUGCAUUGCCAAAGCAAGUGAAAUGGAUAAACAAAAGUGAAAUAAACAAUAAAAAGUGAACAGUAAAUAUUACACUCACACAAGUUCUCUCUCUGUCUCUCUCUCUGUCUCACUAUCGCUCCCUCUAUCGCUCUCUCUAUAUUUCUAUCUCUCCCUCGCUCUUUCUCUCCUUUGCUCUCUCUCUCUGUCUCACUCUCUCUAUCUCUCUCUUUUUCUCUUCCAAACUGUCUUCAUUUUUAAGACUUUAGCAGUUUAGUUGUUAUUGUUUCAGUUCAGUGGAAGACAGUAUAAUCACCAUGGCAACAAUGAAUGUCUAUGUCAAUUCCCUACUAUGACGUGAACAGGCUUCCUCUACAUGUUACAUUAACUGUUGUCCAUUGGAGGUCCAUGCUGUAGGUGCCUGGUGUUUCGGAAUAGCUUGUGACUACUUGCCAAGAUGUGCUACAGUAAAAUUAUAACAGAUAAACAAGUAUUUGUUUUUGUUUUUUUUGUGUAAAUUAUUAUUUUACUCUGUAGGUUUUUGAAUAAUGAAAAUGAAAAUACCAUGUUGCAUUCAAGGUAUCUCUAUGUUUUUGUAUUGACUUUGUGUACUCAGCCAUGUGGUAGACAGAGGUAAGGACAUACUGUUAUAAAAUCCCCACCUAAUCCAUUGUUGUGAUUCAAUGUGUAAUGUGGAUGUUAAAAAUAGAUGUUUUAACAUGUUCACCAUGUCACGUGAAAAGAUGAGUAAAAUUCAUAUCAAUGGGUUACUACAAACACCUAUCUAUUGGAGGGUGGUUCUUAACAAUCCUAAUUUGUCUCCAUGCUGGUUGAGGCCUUGUCACAUUUACCACACCCUUUGAAGAACGCUGCUCACUCAUCUGGCUAACAACUGGGUCCAUGAUGUGUAAAGUGUAGGAGUUUUUCCUGGCCAUAUGAGCUGACCAGGACUAUGCUGACCAAGCUGACCAAGGGCUCUAAUCAGUGUGUAUCGCUGAAGUGUUAAAAGAUUGCCCACUGUAAAAGUAAUUUCCGAUUGAGCCGACAUGCAGUGUUUACCUUAAAUGCAGUCUCCACGAACAUUGCCUUUAAUUGUCAAUCGCGCUAUAAAGCUGAACUUCCGCGAUACGGAUUGAAUAGAGCCCAAGUUAUAGUCUAUGACUAGGGCAUGGAGUUUUUCAUUUGCCCUAGUUAUGUGAAUUCAACAGUAGACCUAGUACACAUUCUGUGUACUGUUUCAUGCUUAGCGAGGUCAUCCGAGAAUACAAAGGCUAACAGAAAACAGUGAUGAAGUCUCAUUUCUGUCUUGUGAUGGAAAGAUAAUGGACACAUUUAUCCACCUGAGACGGAAUGGAAAAGGUCGCUUGUCAAAAAGUCUUUGUGUUGUCGUUUGUUUCCUACUUUUCGCCUCCUUAGGUUUGGGUCUUUUUUAAAUCAGGUUUUUCUGUCUGCUCCGUGCUCUCUGUUUUUCUGUCUGCUCUGUAUUAUCUGUUUUUCUGUCUGCUCUGUAUUAUCUGUUUUUCUGUCUGCUCUGUAUUCUCUGUUUUUCUGUCUGCUCUGUAUUCUCUGUUUUUCUGUCUGCUCUGUAUUCUCUGUUUUUCUGUCUGCUCUGUAUUAUCUGUUUUUCUGUCUGCUCUGUAUUCUCUGUUUUUCUGUCUGCUCUGUAUUCUCUGUUUUUCUGUCUGCUCUGUAUUCUCUGUUUUUCUGUCUGCUCCUUAUUCUCUGUCCGAUGGUGUUUAUCAUGUGACUGUCUAUGUGUCAUAAUGACUCUGAAGUAGUGUCAGAUAAAGAUAUUUCAUCUGCCACCCAAA